UUGCACGCUGGCUCUCUUUGGUUCCUUUCCUGAGCAGGCAAGCUGCAUGAAGGUCUUUUCACAAUUUUAGAACCAUUUUACCAUUUUAAACAGCACUCGAUUGAAAUAAAGGGUUGAUCAAGGACUGAAGAACUAGAAGACAACAUUGUCUGCAUUGGAUAGCUUUGUAUAUGGAAGGCAUGUCAGAAAUCGAUUUUGAAAAGUUAGCUGAAAUAGAAUUAAGGAAAGAUGAGGCAGAAAAUGCAGAUCUUGAAGGGAGCCAGUUAUCAUUUGCAGCUGUGUCAAAUGGUGAUGCUGAAAUAAGCCCGACACACCCAUAUUAUGAUGUGGCCAGACAUAAUAUACUUCACCUUGUAGGUGAUGAUAAUUUGGGGAGAAAAGUGAUUGCUUUCAGUUGCUGCCGUUUGCCUCCUUCCCAUCAACUUAAUCACAGACGGUUAUUAGAAUAUUUAAAGUAUGCACUGGACCAGUAUGUGGAAAAUGAUUACACAGUGGUCUACUUUCACUAUGGACUGAACAGUAAGAACAAACCCUCCCUGAGUUGGUUACAAAGCGCCUACAAAGAAUUUGACAGGAAGUAUAAGAAAAAUCUGAAAGCGCUCUACAUUGUACAUCCAACCAAUUUCAUAAAAAUUAUUUGGAACAUUUUUAAACCUCUAAUCAGUCACAAGUUUGGAAAAAAGGUAAUCUAUCUGAAUUACCUGAGUGACCUGAGAGACCAUCUUAAAUACGACCAACUUAAGAUCCCUCAAGAAGUUAUUCGACAUGAUGAAAAUCUUCGGACUAAACAAAAGAAAAAGCCACUUACUGCAGUGAAGAUCCCUCCACCAAGACCCCCUCUUCCAACCCAGCAGUUUGGUGUCAGCCUCCAAUAUCUCAAAGCUAAAAACAAAGGCGAAUUAAUCCCACCAGUAAUGAAGCACACAGUGUCUUAUCUAAAAAGGAAAGGACUCAAAGCAGAAGGACUGUUUAGACGGUCAGCUAGCAUACAAAGUAUUAAGGAGAUUCAGAAACUUUAUAAUCAGGGAAAAUCUGUUAAUUUCGAUGAUUAUGGAGAUAUCCAUAUUCCUGCUGUCAUACUUAAGACUUUACUCAGGGAACUCCCAGAGCCUUUACUGACCUUUGAACCCUAUGAUCAAAUCAUUGGAAUUACUAGUGUAGAAAGUAGCUUACGGGUGAUGAACUGCAGAGAAAUUGUACAUGGACUUCCUGAGCAAAAUUAUGCUGUUCUGAAGUUUCUUAUAUGCUUUCUCCAUAUGGUGUCACAGGAAAGCAUUUUCAACAAAAUGACUGGUUCCAACCUGGCUUGCGUCUUCGGCCUGAAUUUAAUCUGGUCACCCAAAGGCACUCCUUCUUUCAGUACUCUGGUACCGAUAAAUAUUUUCAUUGGGUUACUGAUAGAUUUCUACCCCACAAUCUUCAGUUCUCGAAGUGUACCUGGUGAGCAGUUACCUUGAAAACACAUACAGUACGGGGAUGCCCGCCUAGGAAGGACACUCAUUAUUCUGCGCUAGACUCCAUUGAAUCUAUUUUCAGUGCAUACAAAAAUGAAUUGCUUCACAUGAAGAAGCCUUAUACAAAAUAGGCUUAUUCCUACUGGCAACUCCAGGUGCCAGGUGUGUGUGUCUUCCAAAUCUGCUACCUCUGUUCCCUUGGUUGAUGCCAGAGAUUGGAUCCGGGACCACUAACAUACAAGACAGGGCACUUUUCCACUGAGCUGUACUCCCAAAUUUCUCUUAAAUUUUUAAAACACAUGACUGUGUAACAUCUACAAAGCUAUCAGUACAAAAAAAUCUUAGAAAGUAAUUUUGAGGAAGCAAGGUGUAACAGUUGAUUUAGAUUUCAUUCCUUUAGUAAUGUCUGCCUUUUAAAGCAUUUAAGUUACAGUCUUAAAUUACUUAUACUGUAGCCCACCUGUGAUCUUUGGAUGAAGGACAUUAUAUAAAUUUAAUAAGUAAUAUUUUUUGCUAUGUUUUCUCAGAAACACUUUAUACAUUUAUGAAUUCAAUGCUGUAUAAACUGUGUAUAUAUGGAUUUUUGUAGAGUAAGUGUUUAUUGUAUGUGAAAUCCCUCCUCCAGGGGUUCAUGGGUUGAUAGAGGGGAGUCACGUGAGUCCUCCUCUAGAAAGAUGGAUUUGCUCUAAAUCUAAAUUCAGUUGAUCUCUCAUCAUGUGGCUCAGAAACUGAUGGCUGACAGCCUACUGAAUGGUGCCUAGCAACAAGUACAUACUGCUAUUUUAGCUGCCACUAGAUAAUUAUAAAUGUAUCCUGGCACCCUCAUUGUUUACCAUAUUUAUAAAUGAC